GCCAGGUGCCACAGCUGCAAUUACUUUCAGUUUGCAAUAUUUUUCGCGAAGCUAUUAAAAAUGCCUACCAUUUCCGUCGAACAGAGAGCGGCUAUUGCAAUUGGGGUUCCUUUAGUGGCAUUAUUACUGUAUCUGUGGUACAGGAGACGGCAGAAUUCCCAAUUUGGAGAGGAAGAUGAGGAUUUUAGCCACGUUGAAGAAAGCGAUGUUGUGGCAUCCGCUAACCAAAGAACUCUCGAGGUCAAAAUCCCUCGAGCCGUGGUCGGUGUUAUAAUAGGAAAAUCUGGAGCUAAUAUUAAAAAGAUAGAAAAAGACACUGGAGUUCGUAUGAAUUUGAUAGAUGAAGAUGAAGAAGGCCAAGGUAAAGAUAGAACAUUGCUUAUUCAAGGAGAACGUGAAAAGGUCAAAAGGGCCGAAAUUGUUGUAAAGAAAGUUAUUGCAGAGCAACCAGUGAUAAGAUCGGAAGAAGUUUUCGUGCCCCAGCAUGCUUGCGGAAGAAUUAUUGGUAAAGGAGGACAGACAAUACGUCAUAUGUCAUCUGUUUCAGGUGCUAAAAUAAGGAUUGAUCGUAAUGGUGAUGACAUUUCCAGCCCUAUACGGAAAUGCACAGUCAUUGGGACUUCUGAUCAAAUAGCUACUGCUAAGGGACUACUAAAUGAGAAGUUGGCUGAAGAUAAUGAAAUUCGUGCUCGCAGGGGAGAUGCUGGAGUGCCGAGAAAUAGACGUCCACCAAGGAAACUUGAAAGUGCAGUUGCUUCACCAAUAACAGGGGUUGUACAGUUUCCUGCAAAAGACGACUUCUUUGAAGUAUUUGUAUCAGCUUUUGAAAAUCCAGGACAUUUUUGGGUACAGCUACUCACUAAGGACUCACCUGAUCUGGAUCAGCUCACAAAAAACUUGACACUAUUAUACGCCUCCUCUGAAUCACAAGCUGUUCUAAAUUCCUUUAAGGUUGGAGACAUUUGCUGUGCACCCUUUGAGUAUGAUUCCUCUUGGUACAGGGCCCGUAUUACAGAAAUCAACAAAGAAGGUGUAGUGGAUUUGUAUUAUGUGGAUUAUGGAGACUCAGGAAGGGUUGCCAAAGACAAAUUAAGGGAACUACAACCAGAACACAAGCGGCUACCAUUCCAAGCUGUUGAAUGUUGGCUGGCAGGUGUAACACCUAAAGAUGGUGAGUGGAGUCAAGAAUCAAUUGAUGACUUUGACCACCUCAGCCACUGUGCACAGUGGGUUUCUCUGAUGGCAAGAGUGGUGAAAUACAGAGGGGAGAUACCUUGCCUUGAGUUGAUUGACACCACAGGACCAACUGAUGUGAACAUCAACGAGGAAAUGAUUAAGAGGCAGUUUGCAGUUCGCGAGGUUGAGGUGUCAUCAACUGCCAAUGAACAUGAAACGGGACCUCCACCAGAUGAAAAGACCGGUAAAAGUGGAUUGCAGGAGACGCCGGUUGAGAUCACUUCAGCGUCACAUAAUGGAGUCCUUAGAGAGGGAGCACCUCAGGAGGUUAUGCAAAGCAAUACUGAACUACAAGAAAGUUUUCCAUUGGCUAAGACUAAUGGAGAUAUUAAAGAAGAGGCACUCCAAGAUCUCAUCGAAACCGUACCAUUACACAGCAGCACUGGUUUACAGUCUAAACCUGCUGGAAGCGACUUGCUGGAUGGCGCUCUUCUUGUAGAUGCUCCUGACGGUGGCGCGGAGCUGCAUGGACCGGUGACUGCUGAAAGGGAUUCGCCAGUGAAAGCUGCAUUAGUAAAGACCAUUUCUAAAGAUUACGUCCCACCGCCCGCUUAUUCAGCGCCAGGUAUGCCUAAUGAAGGGCAAGCAGCUCUGGGUGUCGUUAAGGAGCAAGAGGUCAGAGCUGUUUUGACGGAUAGCGUGCAGUCACAGCCUGAAAUUUCUGAGACUACCGGUCACGUAGAAUCUGUCAUCAGCCAAGAAAAGGCAGGAGGAUACCGAAGCAGUUUGAAUAUCGCACCUUCAUCGCGAAGGACAAUAGCAGCGACUUUCACUGGCAGCCGCCAUGUGUCGGAAAAAAAUGAGACUUCCGUGAAGACCGUAACAAGUACUGUUCACCGACAGGUGAUUUCUUCUAAACAGUCCUAUGUAAGUACCGUGACACUGCCUGAACGUGACACUGAUAACGUCAUUGUCUCCGUGACGCCAAGUGUCACGCAACUUCAAAGUCUAUCACCGUCAGCCGACUCGGAAAGUCAUGUGUUUAAAGCUUCUAACGAAAGUACAACAGUGACUCGCCACGUAGUUGCGUCCGAGGUACACCGAACUGUCACGCAAAGUAACGGACACGAAAAUGCGAUGGAGGUUUCCGCCUCGCGCCUUGAACAGAAGUCGUCUGCGCAUUCUUCAUCAUCACAAGCAAAGCCGAAAGUAACCUAUGAAAUUAAUUUUGAAUCAUUCAAAGGGAUGCCUGGUAAUAAACAAUAUUCAAUCAAGAAGUCAUUCAGUUCUGCUGAAAAUGAGCCUAAUAAAGUUACUGGUGAUAUGUCUCCUUCGGGUUCGCUCAUGGAAAUCUCCAAAAACACCGUCAUAAAUGAAGAAGACGAGUAUGAUGAACAAGCAGACCAAGACGGCAGUCCGGAGCCAGACAGUGAUACAGAGUCCUUUAUGAGUGCAAGGGAGGACAUCACCUCCGAUACUGAUACUGCAGCUUACAUGACCGCCGUACCAGGAGGUAGCUCUACGUCGCUGGAUACAGACUAUGCUCUUGUCGACAGCGCUGCGGAUGAAGCGAUCACUCCGGUGAAUUCUGACACCGAAGUGGAGGAAGAAGUGUCAGGAGGUCGAGGACUUGCUACACCAGAACCAACUACGUACACGGAAGAAGAUCGUGGUCGGUCAAAUACUCUGAAGGGUUUGAAGGAACAGAUGGCAGUUCUUGGCAGUGGUGUAACUUCAGAGGCUGAUCUUGGCUACAGGGGUGAUACAGAGGAAGGUGUGGAGUCAGCUGAAGACCUCUGAAAGACGGCCGCUUGACUUCAUUGAUUUCCUCCUAUUUAUGCCAAAUACUGCUCAAGGGGAUGGAAGGAAAAGGUAUCCAGCCGUGUGAUUGUGCUAACGGUGUUGAUCGGUGUGUUAGUCUUACUGCUUUGAUUUUUCUGUAGAGAGCUUAAAGAGCUGACUUCAAUUACUGAACUGUUAUGAACAAACCAAAUGUCAAACAUUGUUGAUGUAUUUAAUUCUUAUGAUAGUGUUAGGAAUUG